GCUCCCCAAGGCAAACCCACAGUCGAGUGCCAUAGUUUUUCGUUGCUUCGUCAACCAUCUCCGCAGCUGCGGCUGUUGGUGCCGCUGUUACUGCCGUUGUUCCCUCCGCUAUAGCCUCCGCUGCCGCUGUCGCUGUCACUGCCGCUAGAGUUGCCGCGGUUGCUGCCGCUGCUGCUGCUGCUGCUGCCGCUGUGACUUGGAGUUUCUCCCUUUUCCCGUGUUCGCUGUCAGUUCAAGAGAGAGAGUGGAGGUGGAGAGUUGAGAGGUGUGCAUCUUAGACGUCCUGUCCUUAUUCGUCUCUUCGGUAGGUAUCAGAUAUGGCGGCUGCUGGGUCCGUCACAUUCACUAGUUUGGCUUUUCUCCUUCUCCUCUCUCCUCUCUUCGUUAGCGCACAAGUAGACACGAGUGCAGGUGACGAUCUCGUUGGUGCCAUCAUCAAUCACUGCUGUCUCAAAAAAUUCUACUACGCCUUGCAGAUCUCUCGCAUCGAGCUUCGUCUGCGUGACAGCGCCAAUCGGGGUCCCAUCACCGUGUUCGCUCCGACCGAUGAUAGCAUCACGAAGCUGGAUCCCGAGCUGUGGACGUGCGUUACCACAGGCCAAGGACCGCUUGACAUUCUGAGUCAGAUUACGCUGUACCACUUCGUGACUGAUGGGAACUUCACCGCUGCGGAGGUGGCGACGAAGAGGCACCUGACCUCCGCCUCCGGCAUGCCCCUUGGUGUCAAGGUCGUCAAUGGGAACGUCAUGCUCGAAGACUACGCGCCAAUCACCGAACCGAACGCCUUGAGGACGUCUAAUGCUACUGUGCACCUCAUCGGUGAACUUCUUGUGCCAGAGACGAUUGUCAGUACCAUCGAGAACCUGUGCUUCGCUGGUCCUGCAUCAGCACCCGCCCCUUCGAAGUAAGCGUUUGUUUUAUAGCGAUGGGUAAGUAGUGACUCCCACUGACUGCUGCUGGGGGCACUUUUUUUUAUUUUUUUAUUUUUUUUUAACUGAUCAGAACAGAUACUAUACUUGAUCUUAGCCAAAAGGCCGAGAAAGGUAUGACUGCUGCUGGCGGCGACACUGUUUUCCUUAUCUCCUUUUUUUCGUUUUUUUGGACUGAACUACCCCCGUUGAUGCUGGUGGUUCUGAUAGAUUGCUGAUGGGGGCGCCAAUGUUUUGCUAUCUCUGGGGUCAGUAAUCACUGCUGUGGGGGGCGACAGUGUUUCGCUACAUCUCUGAGGAGGGUGAUGGAUAGAAGAAUGGGAUUAGUAGAUAACUUUGGCUUGUCAAUGGAUUGGAAGAUAGCAGUGGAGUUAGUGAGAUGUUGUGUAGUUUACCAUAGAUAUAAGGAUCCUCGGCGGUACUAUCGAGAGCCUGCGCUUCGCUGAAUUCUACAGCAGCAUCUCAUCCGGGAACUGGUAUGUAAGCUCGUCGUUAUAACGAUGGGUGAGUCGUCACGAUCACGACUGACGGAUGCAUCACUGUUUUGCUAUCACGAAGGUGGGUGGGCUGUGUUUCGCCGGACCUGCAUCAGCAUCUCUUUCCGCAAAUGGUAUGUGAGCUCGUUAUAACGAUGGGUGCGUCGUCGCUACUGACGGAUGGAACACUGUUUUGCUAUCACGGAGGUGAAACUAUAUGAGUAAGGUGAGCUAGCGAGGUGAAACUAUAUGAGUAAGCUGAGCGAUGGGUAAGUAGUAUAGGAUUUAACUUGUUUGGGUUGGAAACUAUAUGAGUAAGCUGAGCUAGCGAGGUGAAAAAAAAAGAGGAUUAUGGGCAUGAUCCUCGGUAGUGGCAGGAUCCUCGGUCCUCGGUCCCAUUGAAGAUUCAAAAACUUGUGUCACUACUGACGGAUGCAACACUGUUUGGCUAUCACGGAGGUGGGUGGGCUGUUAGUAUAGGAUUUAAUGACUUGUUUGGGUGCGAGGUCGAAACUAUACGAGUAAGCUGAGCUAGCGAGGUGAAAAAAGGACUAUGGGCAUGAUCCUCGGUAGUGGCAAGAUCCUUGGUCCAAUCGAGAUUCAAAAAACUCGGUAGUGGCAAGAUCCGCGGUCCCAUCGAGAUUCAAAAACUUGUGCUUUGCUGCAGCAGCAUCAGCAUCGCUUCCGACAUGGUGACCUGGAAUGUAAUGAUUGGUAGGCACUGCUGGCGGAGGCUGCACGGUUUUUUAUCACGAGUUGGAGCCUCGGUAGUGGCUCGAUUGUUAGUACCAUCAAGAAUCUGUGCUUCGCUGGACGUGCAUCUGCGGCAUCACUUUUGACACGGUGAUCUGGUAUGUCAUUGGUGAGUGGUCACAGCUGCUGUCACGGGUUGGUUGGCGGAGGGUAGAAUAGGAUUGGCAGUAAUGUACGGGAAGACAAGGAUCGCUUCGAUUGGGUUGAAAGAUGCGAGUUGAGACCCUCCGUACCGGCGGGAGCCUGUGCUUCGCAUCACUUUUGACACGGUGACCUGGUAUGUCAUUGGAUUGCUAGAAAUGUACGGGAAGACAAGGAUCGGCUCGAUUGGGUUGAAAGAUGCGAGUUGAGACCCUCAGUACCGUCGGGAGCCUGUGCUUCGCUGGGCGUGCAUGGGCAUGACACGGUGACCUGGCAUGCAAUUGAUGACUGGUCACUGCUGCCGUAGGCGACACUGCGGUUAAGGUAUAACGACUUCGCUGGACGUGCAUGAGCGUGACACGGUGACCUGGCAUGCAAUUGAUGACACUGAGGGUAGAAUAGGAUUGACAGUAAUGUACGGGAAGACAAGGAUCGGUUCGCUUGGGUUGAAAGAUGCGAGUUAAGACCCUCAGUACCAUCGGGAACCUGUGCUUCGCUGGACGUGCAUGAGCAUGACACAGUGACGUAGCAUGCAAUUGAUGACUGGUCACUGCUGCCGAAGGCGACACUGCGGUUAAGCUAUAACGACUUCGCUGUACGUGCAUGAGCGUGACACGGUGACCUGGCAUGCAAUUGAUGACUGGUCAAUGCUGCCGUAGGCGACACUGCGGUUAAGCUAUAACGAGUUCGCUGUACGUGCAUGAGCGUGACAUGGUGACCUGGCAUGCAAUUGAUUACUGGUCACUGCUGUCGUAGGCGACACUGCGGUUAAGCUAUAACGACUUCGCUGGACGUGCAUGAGCGUGACACGGUGGCCUGGCAUGCAAUUGAUUACUGGUCACUGCUGCCGUAGGCGACACUGCGGUUCAGCUAUAACGACUUCGCUGGACGUGCAUGGAGCAUGACACGGUGACCUGGCAUGUAGUAGGUGAGUGGUCGCUGCUGCCGUAGGCGACACUGCGGUUAUGCUAUAACGAAUUGGGUGAUGAAUGGGUAUGGGUAGAAAGAGAAGAAGUGCGCUUCGGUUGUAAGAUAUGAGUUGAGUCCCUCGGUUCCAUCGACAGCCUGUGCUUCGCUGGACUUGCAUCAGCAUCGCUGUUGAUACGGUGACCUGGCAUGUAACGGGUGAGUAGGCACUGCUGCCGUAGGCGACACUUUUUUUUUUUUUUUUUUUUUUUUUAGGCGACACUACGGUUUUGCUAUCAAGAGUUGGGUGACGGAGGGUAGGAUAUGAUUAACAGUAACGUACGGAAAGAUAAGGAUCAGUUCACUUGUACGGAAAGAGAAGGAUCAGUUCGCUUGUACGGAAAGAGAGGUGCGAGUUGAGACCCCCUCAUUACCAUCGAGAACCUGUGCCUCACCGGACCUGCGUCAGCAUUGCUUCCGAGUCCCGACGCUGUCACGUGGCGUCUAUCACGAGUUUGAGACUACAAGCGAAGCAACUUUUGCCGCCUCUUAGUGCUGCGCGAAUGGCAUGGCAAGCGCCGUAGCGUAAGCUGGCAGGAAAGUUGAAGAUAUAGUCCAUACCAUGGAUAAAUUCAUGGAGAAAGGCAUCACAUGUUCACUGUAGGUCUAGACGUAGAUUCUUCGGAGUCGGGGGGAGCUGUAAAGUUCUCUUACCACUGGGCUAUUUGCUGGGAACCCCAAUGAAUCUUGGUCCUCCGAAUUCUCACACUGAGGAACAAUCCAAGAUUCGGGUGUUAGAAUAGGAUUGACUGUAAUCGUGUACGGAAAGAGAAGGGGCAGUUCGUUUGGGUGGGAAGGUACGAUCAUACGAGUACCGAGUUGAGAUAGCGAUAUUUCUUUUUGUAUUUCGCAACACGAGUGAGGAUUAUUUCGCGCAUGGGAUUCAACUGCUGUGGCAUUUUCGGUUAAAUUGGUGUCUCUAUUGAUCAUACAGUGACGGUGAUGGUCAUCUCCUGCCCUGUAAGCUGUUAGAGCGACGGGUGAGUAGCGACGGUGAUGGUCGAAGGGUGAGUAAUAGCUGCUGUCGAAGGCGACACUGAUUCGCUAUCAUGGAGGUGAGCGACGGGUGAGUAGCGACGGUGAUGGUCGAAGGGUGAGUAAUAGCUGCUGUCGAAGGCGACGGUGAUUCGCUAUCAUGUAGGUGGGUAAACCGGAUGAGAGCUGUCUCUUAUACACAUCUAGAUGUGUAUAAGAGACUUAUUUAACGACAGAGAACAAAAAAGAGCAUUUCGCUUGAGUCAGCGAAGGCUUGAUAUAAUUUAUGACAGUUGUGUUGUGUUGUGGACUUCAAUUAGCGUCAGGAGUUAUCGUACAGGAGGAGCGAUCGUACAGCGAUGGUUUGAUGUAAUCUAUGACAGCUGUAUUGCGACUUUAAUUAGCGUCAGUUGUGUUGUGACCUGGGCCACCAGAGUGGCCCGGGACCACUUGCCCAGCCGGGCCAAAAAAAAAAAAAAAGUAUAUUUAUAUAUAUAAUUUUAAAUUUGGUAAAGAAUUUCCAUGUGACCUGAGGCGAAGGUUGUUCAGUUUGUUUUUCUACAUAAGAUCGUUGUUUUUCGUUUUUUUUUUUUUUUUUUUUUUAUUGGUUGGGAACUUGGGGGGAGUUGGAAGUUGAAUAGGGGUUGGAUUCAGAAUUCGAAGGGUUCCUUUGAACAUCUCUCGUGUCCUUGGGGACAUCCAUGAAAUUGGAACGAUACAGAAGAUUGAUUGGUAGAUUAGUAGAUUAGUUGGCUACAUCCGCGAAUUGGGGUCGAACGAUACAUCCGUUCGUUAAAAUUGGGAUCGGAACAGA